CACUCACUCAAAUAUCUCCAGUCAGUCUCUUGUGAGCCAGGCAGGCAGGCAGGCAGGCGAUCUAUAUCACUCGACUCACUCGACAACGCUCACAAACGAGCUCGACAAAGCUGGCUUAACGAACAUAAUACAACGCAGCGUCACUCACCCUUGCCCUCGCCCGUCUCCUUUUCGCUCUCUGCCUGCUGGCCUUCCUCGUCCUCCUUCUUGUCCUCCUCCUCGUCAUCAUCACUAUCGAAUCUGAACUCACUCGUCGUCUCACCCCCCACCCCAUCCACCAGCCCCCUCUUCCGCGCCAGCUCGGCCUUCUUCCUCUUCAGCCUGGGCAGCCACCUCUUGAUGUAUGGCCGCUGCCACAGCAUGUCGACGCGCUUGUAGCGGUCCACCGGCACACCACGCAGAUCCCACUGGCGGAAGGAGGCGUCGUAGCCGUCGACGAAUGACUCGCCCUCCCAGCGCGGCUGCGGCUCGUUCUGGGUGGGCCGGUCGUCACGUGUGUCUCGCGGCACUAUGUUGCCGAGCACGUCGACGCGCGUGGGAGCCUGAUGACACGCAGACCACAGACAGGGAGAUAGAUGUGUCAGUGUGUCAGUGACAUGUUGGCUCUGAGGGCCGGCGGGCCCGCUCACCUCCUCUUUCGUCUGUUGUGUGUCUGGUUCCUCCUUCUUCUUCGCGUCCUUGGCCCCUCUCUUGGCCUCCUCCUUGCUGCCCUUCUCCUUGUCACUCGAGUCCUCUUCGGCACCUUCUGACAUGGUGGGUCGGUAGGUGCGCUCGUUGGCCUCCCGCUUGAGCAUCCGGUCAGUGACCUCCCGCUUGAGAUAUCGGCAGAGGGUGCCGCGGCUGUAAUAACGGGAGUAGAACAUGCCCUUCCACGCGCGCAGAUACCUGAUACGCCACACAGGCCACGAAGCGACGGUAAGUGGGAGUAUUCGGUACCCUUAAUUGUCCUUCCCUUCUGUCCCUACUUGAUGGUGAACUCCUUGACGAGCGACCUCGGCAGCAGCACCUGGUGCCGCGGGUUGUCGUAGAACUCAGGCUUUGAGGGGUCCGUCUCCUCCAGCCCCAGAUCCACCCCCUCCCUCUUCAGCUGCUCCCGCCGCAUGCCAAACACCUUCUUCCGAGCACGCUGCUCGGCGUGACGCCGCAAGGCGCCCUUCAAGUGCUCCCACACCGCCGCCCGCCUGUGGGCCUCCUGGAUAAAGGCAAUGUACAGCUGAUCGAGCUCGUCCCAGCUGAUGCCGUGGGAAGAUGAGUACUUCCACAGCGCGUUGAGCCGCUUGCGGUUGGCGAGCGCCUGCAGCCUGCCCGUCUCCUUGCUCUCCUUCGCAUCGGCACUGCCUUGUGUGGGGGCGGGGAGGGGGUAGAAGGGCUUGAGGCGAUGGUUGUGAAGCACUGGGUUGGGCCAGAAGGCGUAGUCGUUCUUGGGGUAGGGAUGGUCGUGCCACUGGGAGGUUGCGAGGGGCUUGCCGCUGAGAGGGAAGCCGGCCUGCUCGAAGCUUUCAGUGACCCUCCUCUUGACCGAGUGUUGCGUGUCAUCCUCAAACCAGAACUUCUCGUGCGUCUUGGGCACCCGCGUCCAGAAGAUCUCCUCACGCAGCAGCCGCGGCGUCGUCACGUGAUGAUCCCAGUUCUUCUCGAAGCUGCCCGCAGAGUCAUCACUCGAUGAUUGCGUCGGCUCGGGGCCGUCUGCACCCACCAGCUGAGAAGCGUCAGCAGCAGCGGGGCCCUCAAAUGGUUGUUCUGCUGCUGCCUCGGACCCUGUAGAUGCGUCGCGGCGGUGCUGCCGAAUGGCAGAUGGCUUGACCUGGGGCUGCAGCAGACCAGGCCGCCAGUGUGGGCGUCGUAGAGCUCUGCGAUUCAUCAAUCUGCGUUCAAUCUGCU